GUAAGGUACAGCAUCUUCUCACUUCAGCUCUGGCUGGCACAGAGCUUUUUUUCUUUUUUAAGGAGGCACAGGAGCUUUCUCACAUCCUGCAUCCAGCAAAACUCUCUGGAGCGCUGCGUCGCUUUAACUACUCUAUUUCUGCUCCGGGAGGCAAACAGCUCCGAGAGCUGGUGGGAUCCGGGUGGCUGCCGGAGGACACAUCCCAAAUCCUUGUUUGGGGCAGUGGUGGCAUGUGCAGAGGCGCUGCCCAGGUGUGGGUUUGGCAGAGCUGGGCUGGAGGUGUCCAUCUGGGAGCUAAUGGGUCGCGCUCUCACUCCACCCAUCCGCCGCUCGCCAAUUGGAAGUGAGGGACAAAGAUGCUCUGGAUGGAUUCAUGUUGGAGCCAGUGAAAAAGCAGGAGCCGGCUCUGCCUCGGCCACCUGAGCGAGUGGCCUUUGGGGACAAGUGCUGCUGGCUGGGGGGAGCAGCCCUGAGGGCAGCAGAGGCAUCUGUGGCUCUUGGAGAAGUAGUGCAGAGUCUCCACCAGCAGCGAUGUCAAGGAAUGGAUACUUCUUUGAAGAGAGUGGGUACCUCAAGUGCGACACGGACGAUGCGAAGGAGGAGGUGGUGAACGAGGAGCUCUUCGACGGCGUCAACUCCACCAUCGUGUCCGCGGACAGCAUCCGCUUCUUCGUCAACGUCAACCUCGAGGGCACUCCCAGCGCCACCGCUGAAAGUGAAGGUGCUGGCUGCGUGUUACUGCACACAUCAAGGAAGUACCUGAAAUUAAAGAAUUUUGAGGAGGAGGUGAGAGCCCAGAGAGACCUGGAUGGUUUCUUGGCCAGAGCCAGCAUCAUCCUGGAUGAAACAGCCACGUCCUUGGACGAUGUUCUCCGGGAGAUGCUGAGACAUUUCGCCGAGGAUCCUGAGAACAUGGAGCCCAGCUGCAACUUCGAAAAAAUCAUGAACACUUUAUUCACAGAUUCAGGGACCCCACGGGAAGGGAACGGCAUCCUUGAUGGUUCAGAGCUACCAGGAACGAUUGCACUAUCAUAUCCAGCGCACCUCAAAUUUCACCUCUUAUCAGACACAAUUCAAGGGGUCACAGCCACAGUCACUGGGGUGCAGUAUCAGCAGUCCUGGCUCUGUAUCAUUUGCACUAUAAAGUCCCUUCAGCGACGUCACGUUUGCAUCAGCCGCCUGGAGAGGCCUCAGAACUGGGGGGAGAACUCCUGUGAAGUCAGAUUUGUCAUACUGGUCCUGGCUCCUCCCAAAAUGAAAAGCACCAAAACGGCCACAGAAGUGGGCAGGACCUUUGCCACGAUGUUUUCAGACAUAACCUUCCGGCAGAAGCUUCUGGAAACCAAAACUGAGGAGGAGUUCAAGGAGGCCUUGGUGUACCAACGCCACUUGCUGACGGUGGCCAAUCAGAGACCCUCAGGAAGGAAAGAUGGGCGCAAGUCACACGGUAGCAAACACCUCAAGCUGCACGACUUUCUCAGUAUUGGCAAGGGGAUUUCUGAUGACAUUGCACGAAGAUUCCCAGUGUACGCGCUGGAUUUCACCGAUGGUAUUAUUGGGAGCAACAAAGCUAUAGGGAAAUACAUCACAACCAUGAUCUUUCUGUACUUUGCCUGCCUCCUUCCAGCCAUUGCUUUUGGGUCCCUCAAUGAUGAAAAUACCCGAGGAGCUAUUGAUGUGCGGAAGACGAUUUUCGGGCAGUGCAUUGGAGGGCUGCUCUACGCCCUCUUCUCAGGGCAGCCCCUGGUGGUGCUGCUGACCACAGCUCCCUUGGCCAUCUACAUCAGUGUCAUCCAAGGAAUCUGUGAUGACUACAACUUGGAUUUCAAUGCUUUCUAUGCCUGGAUUGGACUCUGGAACAGCUUUUUCCUUGUGAUCUACUCCCUCUUUAAUGUCAGCCUCCUGAUGAAGCUCUUUAAAAGGUCAACAGAAGAAAUAAUUGCACUUUUUAUAUCCAUCACAUUUGUGCUUGAUGCCAUCAAAGGCAUUAUUAAAGUUUUUAAGACAUAUUACCGCAAUGACCAGGCAGGAGGUGGAAAACCAAGGGCUGAUGCUAUCCCAGGCCUUGGCAUCAACACCAGCUUCUUGAUGAACUCCUCAGUGGGCGAGAACCAGACUUGCACUCAGGAUGGGCACCACUACGGGCGCGAGACCGCUGUCCUCAGCCUCAUGCUGAUGUUGGGAACCCUCUGGCUCGGCCACACCCUCUAUCAGUUCAAGAAAAGCCCAUAUUUGCACGCGAGGGUACGUGAAAUUCUGUCCGACUGUGCCUUACCCAUUUCAGUCUUGACCUUCUCUAUUGUGGGUUCCUUUAUCUUCAAUGAAAUUGAAAUGUCCAAAUUUAACUACAACGCCUCCGACAGCUUGUUUGUGCUGGCCCCUGUGCAGUCCCUGUCCAUUGGGUCAGUGAUGAGUGCCAUGGGGCUGGGAUUUCUCCUCUCCAUGCUCUUCUUCAUCGAGCAGAACAUCGUGGCGUCGCUCACCAAUGCCCCAGAGAACAGGUUGGUGAAGGGCACAGCCUAUCACUGGGACCUGCUGCUGGUGGCACUGAUCAACACGGGGCUCUCGGUUUUCGGCCUGCCCUGGAUCCACGCCGCCUUCCCGCAUUCCCCCAUGCACGUCCGGGCCCUGGCCUACGUGGAGGAGAGAGUGGAGAGUGGACAUAUCUAUGAGACGAUUGUGAGUGUGAAGGAGACACGGCUGACAAGUCUGAUGGCCAAUUUCCUGGUGGGGCUGUCGCUGCUGCUGCUGCCGUUCCCCCUGCAGUGGAUCCCAAAGCCGGUGCUCUUCGGCCUCUUCCUCUACAUCGCCCUCACCUCCAUCGAUGGCAACCAGCUCUUUGAGAGGGUGGCUCUGCUGCUCAAGGAACAGACUGCUUAUCCUCCGACCCAUUACAUCCGCAGAGUUCCCCAGAGGAAGAUCCACUACUUCACAGGCCUGCAGGUCCUGCAGCUCCUCAUCCUCUGUGGCUUUGGAAUGUCACCCCUGCCUUACAUGAAGAUGAUCUUCCCCCUCAUCAUGAUAGGGAUGAUCCCCAUCAGGUACAACCUGCUCCCCAAGAUCAUCGAGGCCAAGUACCUGGAUGCCAUGGAUGCAGAGUACUGAGUGUCCCCAGCCUGCAGAGCAGCAGAGACAGCCCUGGGGUCCAGCCAAGGCCUGGGACCAUCCCUGCAGCUUCCUUUCACCACUUUCUUCGUGCUCUGACGUUGGCAAUGCACUCCUGUCACAGCUCCACGGGGCCUGUGCCAGACCAAGGGAGCCUUGGACUGAGAGGACGCUGCUCUCUGGAGCUGUCAGGCCAAGGAGCUUUAUGGAAAACGCUUCUUUCCACAUCCCCAAAGCACACCAACCCCAAAGAUCAGCCUGGCUGCACGGUUGGAGCAUCCAGAGUUGGCCUGUGUUCCCUUGUUUGAGGAUGGGGGGGAUUUUUUAAUGCACCACAUUCUUUUCUUCCCCAACACUAAGAACAGACCCUUGUUUUAUAGAAUGACAGCCCUGGCCUGGCCUUUGAAAUUCCAAUUCCCUGUGCAUCCAGUGUUCCCAAAUUGGUGUUCUGGGUGGGAUGGCCUUGUGCUAAACCACUGAUGGCAGCAGAGAUGGUGACUGUUUUCUCACAUUCAUGGGUUUGGAAGCACUUGCAAUGUGUACUGCUACAACCCACAGCUUUGGAUGAAUUUUUAAUCCCAGCAAAUGAGCUGGGAACAUUCAGAGGCUGGGCUGGAGUGGCCCUGUGGGUGAAACCCCUGUUGGGUUUGAGCUGUUUGGGCAUUAGUUUGGAUCUCUCUCCCAUUUCUCCUGGGUAAUCAAACACAGAAUUGUAGGUUUUUGCACAACUGCAGCAUUUUUUGCUUGCACCCAGAGGGCAGUUGUGUGGAGGUUGCAUAUAUACAUAUGUACAGUAGUGCCUAUGUGUACAUAUAUACAUAUGGAGUUGUGUAUAUAUUUUGCAUAGAUAUACAAAUAGGCCUGGUUCUUUCCAAAUUCACAAAGUGUUUUGUGCACUCAGUGUUACCCACCAUGUCCUGACCAUAUACUUGUUCUCUCUGCUUCAGUGCUGCUUUUUCUCAUUUUGAGAUAUGGUCACUUUUAUUCCUUUGGAAGCUGCUCAGUUACUGGUUCUGUUCAUGUGUUGCUUUCCUCAAGGUGUUUUGUUUGCUUUCUCUUUCCUGUGGCUUGAGACCUUCAUCAUUCUGUCUCGAGGCUCCACCAUGUGAAUUUUUCAUUUAAUUUUGAUGUACAGAAUGCAAUGAAAGUUUUCCUCUUUUCACCUAAUCAAUAUUUGUUGGUCAUUUCAUUGUUUCUGUUGUGUAGCUGAUUUCCAGUUUCCCUCCCCCUGCCCCUCCCAGAUGUUAUAUUAUAUUUCUGGAUGAAUCUUAACUUCUGCUGUCUUUUAUAUUUCAGUUUAUUUAAUUUUGCUUGUACUAUGGUCAGUUUUCUUAUUUGGAGUACUGUGAAACAAAGCUGCCCUUUAGUUCAGUGCUUGGCACAUCACAGGUCACAGCUAAAAAUGUUCAGAAAAUUGUGGACCUCGGUGAUGAACUUUGAAAAGAGUAGAAAUGAGGGAAGAGGAAGAAUGUAAAAUAUGAAUUUAUCAGCACAGAGAAGUGUGUCUCACCAGUUGCUUGCCCAGUAAAUGAUGCAGAGUUUUUUCCUCCCACCCCAGCAUGGCGAGGGAAACCAACCCAGCCAUGAGGGAGGAAGGCUUUGGGUGCAAAGCUCCUGUGCUGAUGCUGAACCAGGCUCAAGCCACUGCAGAUUUGGUGUAUUUGCACUAAAGAUCAGAAGGUAUUUAAUCUUUGUGGAGCUGCCCACGGCUCUCAAACACGUGUGCAGAACUAAUUUUUGCAUUUUCUUACUAAACCCUUUGUAUUGAGACUCUGGAGGAGAGCAGUGAGAGUUCCUAUAUCCAUGAUUUUAUAUCCCUGGGGGAAUUGUAGGGGAAACCCCUCAGCUUAGCAAGCAAAACAAUGUCACAGACAGCAAAACCACGACUUUCAUGUGGCACCAGGAUGAUGUGAGGAUUCUCAGGGUCAGGGUGACCACCUCAGUGCAUCAGAGCAGGGAAUUUGGCUUUCAGCAGCCUCAGGGGCAGCUCCCGCAUGUCUGACCAGAGCAGGUACAAACCCAAAUGUGGUUUCUGACCAUUUUCCCCAAGAUUCCCUGGCUUUUGAGUCAAUUCUGUGGCAGGGUCACUCAGAGCUGUUAGCAAGGGCUGCGUGCAGGAACGGGGGCAGGCAGGAUCUCAGAGGUGGCACGGCUCUGUCUGAUCUUCAGUCAACAGCAAAAGGGCAGGUGACAGGCAGCAGUUCAGGACCUGCUGGGAGCCAGGCAGUGCAGAGGCUGCUGAGGCUGAAAUAACAUGUUUUUCCCACAGAUGUCAAAAGAUUGAAGCAAAGCUGCAAUCAGAGGUGUCAUCCUCUGGCUGAGUGAAGCUGUAACACACACGUGACCCGUGGGUGAAUUCCUGGUGUCUCCACAGGAAAAAGUCCCCUUGGGGGGUGGUUUGAGGGGUAUUUUGGGUGCUGUGGCUGGAGGAAGGACAGGAUGUGCCCAAGGGAGUGUGACUUUGGUCCUCUUUGAGGCUCUGGGUGGGAUUUCCCAUAGUGGGGUGGACUGGCCUGCAGGUUUUACCAGAUGAAAUAAUUUUGAGAUGCACCUUCCAUUUCCCCACUUAGAAGAACCAAAAAUGUCCCCAUUUAAAACCUUUUUAAAAUGUCCCCAUUUAAAACCUUUAUAAAAGAUCCACUUCAGAUAGUGUCAAAUGGUGCAGAGAGAAUUGAAAAUCCAGGCAGCAGGGAGGGUUAAAUAUCAACCACAACUCUUGUUUGUAUCUUUUCUUUUCCUUCAGAGGUGUGACUUGAGUGUUUGUGUUUUCUUUCUAGCAUCAGUAGGAUUCUGUUCUGCAGGGUUUUUGUUCUUACAGAAGUCAGGGGCCAAAGAAUCAACUGAUGGGAAAUCAGCACAGCUUGAGGGGGGGGGGGAAAAAAAGCUGUGCUGGCUUGGACUGAUUGAACAUUUGAACCUAUGUCUCAAUAUUUGGGUGGAAGGGAGAUGUGAGACUCGAGGCCUCUUGUCUCAGGAGGGGUUUUUAUGAUCCUGCAGAGGAUUUAUUUUAUUUUUUUUUCCAUGCCUUUUCUCUUCUUGUUUGCUUCUGGUUUUGCUGACUUAAGUGCAGGCGUUUCCAGGAAGUAGCUGACUAGGGAAGGAGGGUUUGUUCAGAGUUGAUUGAGCACUUUAAUACUUCUGUGAAGGUUUAAGACAAUUAGAAUGUAAAAGAAGUUUUAUUAUAAGCUCUUUAUAUACGCACAAUGCUCUGUGUAACUGUUGCCAAAGAACUGAGUCUGAAAGGUGUCAAGAGCUGUUGGGAGAGUCUGUGGGCUUCACCUGGCUUUGCAAGGUAGGGAAAAGCUUCUGAAACGAGUGGAUUUUGGAAGUUGCCCUUUGACAGCUGCCAAAACGAUCAGAAACUGGAGAUAGAAUAAAAUUCUACUCUCAAACUUGUAGUUUUUGAUCCUUGCAUUGAAUGUAGGAGCUAGAAGUGAGCUUGACAAUUAAAAUUGGAUUUGUACCUGA